AUGUCUCCACCGAUUUUAGAAGAGAGCCAGCAGCAGUGCGGGUUCAGUGCUUCGAGGCAGCGGGAGUUCUUUAGGUACCUGCCGCCAUAUCAUUUCCAAUCAGCUGCUCCGAAUCAUAUCGAUCAUGAAACGGAAACCACGGAUCUCGUCGCACGUCCGUCGUUGGACCCCGUCCUUACAGCAUUUGCCCAACUGGGAACUUUGCGAUUGGAUUCCCAACACGCCUUCAUUUCGCUUUUCGGUCGCACCGAGGAACAUAUUCUGGCUGAAGCGACUCGAACUCUCAGCCUACAGAAUGAAGCCAGUCACAUCGAUGAUGAUGCACUGUGGAUCGGAAGUUGUACCAUGUCAUACGGUCGCAGUCUCUGUAAAGCCAUCCUGAAUCUCCCGGUAUCUGCAGAAAGUCCACCCCAACCAUUUGUUGUGCCAGAUCUCAUGAAAGACAAGGAGCUCGCUGGACAUCAAGAUGUAGCCGGCUCUCCAAAUUUUCGUUUCUUGGCAUGCAGUCCGAUCGUCAGUCCAAAAGGAUUCGUGAUUGGUGCAUAUACAAUCCUGGACGACAAGCCGCAUGAACCACUAAACGCCGCCUUGAUGAAUUUCAUGGCCGAUAUAUCUCAUACUGUCAUGGAUUAUCUGGUUGCGACAAGAGCCAAAUAUCAACAUACUCGGAGUGAACGUAUGAUGGUUGGACUGGGAAGCUUCCUUGAAGGCAAAGGCAGUUUGCGAAACACUUGGAUUUCUGCGCAUGGAGAUAUACUGUCUCCAGAGGAGGAGCAACUGGAAGGCCAUGUUCACCGGGAACAACAGAAAAUACAAUUGACGCACAGCGUGGCUAAUGGGCCACCAACUAGCAACUCUCCCGAAUUAUUACCCUUUCGACCAAAGAAUUUUAAUACCUCUGGAGGUCAAAAGCCUACAGCACAAGUGGAGAAGAGACAGUCGUUGGUCGAUCUAGGGCAUGUACCACAAGAUUACUUUCAGGAGAGACCGCGCCGUGAGCGUGUACACCGGGCCAAGUCAAAUGGCAGCAAAAAAAGGUCUGAAAAUAGAUCACCGAAGGCCGAUUAUGUGACUCAAAUACAGGGCACAUUUUCACGCGCAGCCAAUAUAAUUCGCGAGAGCAUCGAGGUUGAGGCUGCUGUGCUCUUCGAUGCCAACUUUGCUUCCCAGGAUGCUUUGGUGAAUAAGUCAGGGGAGAAUUCGAGAAGCAGUAGUGUAGGAUGCUUUUCUUCAAGCGACGAAGGCGGAAAUGUUGAAAUGCCGUCCCCCAACGAAAGACUUCCUACUGUGGAAAAUACUACAAAGGCUGGCCCCAACUCAGUGAGCCCUUGCAAGGUACUUGGGUUUGCAACUUCAGACCUAUCCAGCAUAAGCAAUGACCCUAUGGAAGACGGGAAAAUCUCUUUAUCUGAGAAUUUUCUCGGUCACCUUCUACGCCGAUACCCACGGGGUAAGAUUUUCAACUAUGGCGAAGAUGGGUCGAUCUCGUCCGACGAUACCAGUGAUCAUAUAGUGAGGCAGUUUGAUCAGCGUCUUGGCGGCCUGCGAUACAAAAGAACACGCAAGACUAUCCUGCGUCAAGAUGCAGCGGCACUAUUGCAAUUGGCACCUCAGGCCCGAAGUAUUGUUUUCUCGCCUCUAUGGGAUUCGCAUAAGGAUAGAUGGUAUGCAGGUUGUCUAUCGUGGACAAAAACCGCGCAUCGUGUUCUUACCUCGGACGAUGAAUUGGCAUUCCUCUUUGCAUUUGGAAACUGUGUCAUGGCAGAGGUCCACCGACUCGGUGCGCUACUUGCUGAACGAGCCAAGUCAAAUCUCCUUGCAGGAAUCAGUCAUGAGCUUCGGUCCCCACUUCACGGAAUAUUCGGCACGAUAGAUAUUCUGAAUGAUACUACCAUGGAUGCUUUACAACGGGGGUUUAUGCAUACCAUCUCGUCAUGUGCAUUUACGCUUCUUGGAUCGAUUGAUCAGCUCUUGGACUAUGCCAGCAUCAACGAUGUUCGACCAAACCCUCGAGGAAUUGGUCUUACCAACCCCCCCAUUAUCGACCAGAAUUCGAUCGUCCAAUUGGAUGCCGCCGUUGAAGAUGCCAUUGAGACUGUUUUCGCAGGACAUGACUUCACUAACAAAAGGCAAUUGUCUUCUUUUGACGCAGCUCACAACCAUCUGGACAUCCAAACAAGAGUUCGGGUCGUCCUCGAUAUCGAAUCCGCUCAAAAUCUCAGAUUUCUGACUCGGCCUGGAGCGUGGCAUGUAAUUUUGACGAAUAUCUUUGGAAAUGCCAUGAAAUUCACCCAAAAGGGACAUAUCAAAGUUUCGCUCAAAGCAAGUCCAGUGGAAAUUUCCUAUGAUGGCCAGGUCAACCGCUCGACAAUCAAGCUGAGCAUCGAAGACAGUGGAUGUGGUAUGGACAAAGAUUUCCUUGGGAACAAAGUUUUUUCGCCCUUUUCUCAGGAGGAUACAAUGUCAGCAGGCAAUGGACUGGGCCUGAACAUCGUGCAUCGGAUAGUGUCUUCGUUGAACGGUGAUAUUCGAAUCACCUCUCAGAAGGGUCUUGGAACUGAUGUCAUGAUCACGGUUGACAUUGACCAUGCCCCGUACCCUUCUCCACGUCCUGCAAUUUCCCAAAUUUCUCCAACUUCCCUGAGUCAACAGAAUUUCCGUGACUCUAUCAAAGAUCUCGUUCAUGGAAAGACUGUUGGGAUUCUGGUCCCAGGUUCUUCGGAAGGCGAUUUGGCCCUUGGCCCCUCAUUGAAGAAACUGUGCCAAGACUGGUUUUCGAUGAAAGUCGACUUCAUUGAUUCCUUGCACACAAGACCCGGUCAUUGCGAUAUUUUGAUUUCCCUUCAUGAAACAUUGGAUAUAGGGAAUCGUGAGAUCUUGGCUUCUGUCUCAACCCCGAUGGAACGAUUCUCCUCACCCGUCAUCAUCAUCUGCUCAUCUCCGAGUACCGCACACUCCAUGUAUUUGGCCGCCCAGGAGCGAAGAUAUACUGGAAUUCUGGAAUUCAUUAGCCAGCCAUGUGGGCCGCGCAAGUUGGCAAAAGCACUGGAAAUAUGCUUUCAGCGGCAGCGGCAGCGCAAACAGGAACCAAAUGCCUUUGAAACCUCUUUCUCUCAGGCAUUGCGUACUGAUUCAGUGGAACAACCCAUGGCAAUUGGAACGAACAAGUCGGUAUUGACUCAUACCGAACAUGGGCCUCUGACACCGGAGGUCCUCGAACGCUCUUCUCUCCUCACGAUCAGCCGUUCUUACCCUCAAGGCCAUCUUCCAUCACUCAAUGAGUACCCAUCUCAAGAAAAUCAGAAUGGUUCGUCGACUAGUAUUCUACUUGUCGAUGAUAACGACAUCAACAUCCGACUUCUGGUAGCGUUCAUGCGAAAGUUGAAAUUCAACUACCUGAUUGCGAGAAACGGACAAGAAGCUCUAGAUUCUUUCAAAGAAAACGCAGAUAAAAUUAAUGUCAUCCUGAUGGAUAUCUCAAUGCCUGUCAUGGAUGGAAUUGAAGCUACCCGAAGAAUUCGCGAGCACGAGCAGACGUUGCAACGGUCUCAAGAACGUGCGAUGAUAGUUGCACUCACGGGUGUUGCUCAAGCUGAUGUGGAACGCGAUGCGAUAGGAUCUGGAAUGGACACAUUUUUGACCAAACCGGUCCGGUUGGAUGUUCUCGAGCCAAUAAUCAGUCGAAAGAUACACGAAUCGCACUUGGCCUGA